AUGUCUGCACUAACCAGAGCCAUUUCAGACUCUAAUUCUUUUAUUUUAGGAUGGUUACUCUUUAUGAUGGCUGGUUAUUAUUCAUUUGGAUGGUAAUAUCUAUUAGGUUAUGUCAUUUCUAUAUUAGGUAUAAUCAUAUUUUGUGAAAUCUUAGUUCUACCAUGGUUUGGAUUCAAUAAGAAUCGAGGACAUGAUUUUGUAGCUCCUAAAUUAAAUUAUUAUUAUUCUCAAGAAGCAUAUCCUUAUUACUAUUAAGCAAACAUUCCCAUUCAAUAAUAAUAAAAUUAUAAUGGAUAUAAUAACUAAGUGAUUAAUUUGGAAAAUAACCAAUAAAAUCAAUUCUUAAAUCAACCUUUAUUAGCAGAGAUAAAUUUAGCACCUAACCAAUAGUUAUAAAGACCUUCAAAUAUUUCUAACUAAGAUUAUUAUAGCCAAAAUAGACAAUAAACCCUACAUUAAAAUCUAAUUGAUUAGCCAAAUAACUUUAGUUAAAAUUAGUUGAAUUUUUAAACCACAAAGGAAGUAUUAAAGGAAAUAUUAUCUAUGUAAUUUGAAAAUUUGACAUAAAUUAAAUAAAUAAUUGUAUUAAUUCAGGAUAUUCAAGCCAAAACUCCUUAAUAAGACCAUAGCACCAAAAAUGAAAUAGCUAAAAUUUUGAAAAAAAUUGCAAGUUAAUUGACAAAUGACUACUUAAAUACCAUAAAAAUGAGAAUGUUAAAAUUGGUCUAAGAAGAUUAGUAUGCGAAUGUUUAUAAAAUAAAUGAAAUGAGAUAUAUUUCAGAAAGAUUAUCUUUCUUAGUUGAUAAUAAUAAUAGUAAUAUAACAAUAAAAUCCAUAAACGAAAUAAUAGCAUGGAUUGAGGAUAAUCAUUAGCCCACUGAAUUUACACAAACUCUCUAAAACAUUUAAGCAAUAAACUAGCUAUUUUUGAGUGAAUACUAGAGAAAUUAGGAAUCUGGAUUGAAUUGGAAAGAUUAAUAUGAAGCAAUCUAAUAAAAAUUGAAAUUUAAUAAUAGUCAAGGAUAGUAAUUUGAACAGUCAAAUAUUUCUAACUCAAAUACUUUAAACCAAAGCGGACAACAAAAAUUAGAUUAAAAUUUAAUGAAUUAACCUUACUAGCUUAAUUAAAAUGAACAAUAUUUAAAUACAACAAAAGAAGUAUUAAAAGAAAUUUUAUCGACAGAAUUUGAAAACUUGACAUAAGUUAAACAAAUCAUUGUUUUAAUUGAUUAUAUCAAUUCAAAAAUUAAUUAAAAUGAUCAUAGUCACAAAUCAGAAAUAGGCAAAAUAUCUCAUAAAAUUGCUUCUGUGUUGAUAAAAAACUAUUCAAAUAUCAUCAAAAUAAAAAUUGUAAAAUUAAUUUUGGAAGAUUAAUUUAUGAAUAUUUCUAAAAUAAAUGAAAUGAGGUAUAUUUAAGACAGACUAUAUUUCCUAGUUAUCAACAGUAAUAUUAAUACUAAAUGUCUUAACGAAAUUAUCAUCUGGAUUGAGAACAAUCUUUAACCUAAUGGAUUAACAUAAGUAACUGAAAAUUUGUAACAAAUUAAUGAAUAAUUUUUAAAUGAAUAAAAGAGAGAUUUUUAGUAAUCUGUCUCAAAUUGGAAUGAAUAAUACCAAGCAAUAUUGUAAAAACUUAAUUCUAGCUGA